AUGAUAGAAGGAGCAAUAGCAGCAUUAUUUGCAGCAUUUAGUUAUGCAACCUCUUCUAAUAUUUAUUCUUAAGUAGUCAAAACAUGCACUCCUAUAUAGCUCAACUAUUUAAGGGCUAUAACAUCCAUAGUUAUUAUGUAUUUUAUGCUUUUGCUCACUGCUGAUUCUAUACUACCUGAUGAUUCAUAUCGUAAUUACUCUUUGCUUGCUGUUUCUGGUUUUUUGGGAAUAGGUAUAGGUGAUUGUUUUUAUUUCAAGGCAUUAAGUAUUUUAGGAGCUAGAAAGACUAUAUUACUAGAAACUAUGGCUCCUCCUUUUACUGGAUUGAUUUCCUUCUUUUAUUAUGGAAAAAGCCUCUCAUUUUUUGGUUGGGUUGGUAUAUUUGUAGUAGCUUAUGGUGUAAACAUGGUUGUGAAUGAAUAAUAAUAAAAAGAACCUUAAACAGAAGCAGACUUAGAGUUAUAAGUAGAGUUGUAGUCGUAGAAUACACUUGAAAAUACUCCUACAGAGGAUAAGCAUCAUGCUUUUAACAAAUAAAAUUAAAAAUAGAGUGAACAAUAAAUUGAAUUUAAAGAAUAAUUAUUUGGAAUAGCUUGUGGAAUUGCUUUUACAUUUUGUUAAGCUUUAGGUAUGGUCCUUUCUCAUGAUGCUGCCUAAUCAGGAAAGCUUAGUUCAUUACAGAGCUCUCUAUUAAGAAUUAUAGCAGGUUUAGUUUGCUGCAUUAUUAUCAUCUUCUUUAAAAAAGAUGAAAGCUAUAAAUGGCCAUUUGAUACUAAGGAAAAAAAUAAGAUAUUUUUAUUAGGUACUUUACUUGGUCCUAUUUUGGGUAUAUGGUGUUAGUAAACUUCACUUUUAUAUACAAGACCAGAAAUUUCAUAAACCAUAUUGGCAACUACUCCUUUGUUUGGUCUAGCCAUAAGUUGGUAUAAAGGAGAAUAAAUGAAAGCAAAGUACUUUGUUGGUUCAAUAAUUGCGAUUUUAGGUGUUUGCAUAAUUAUUUGGGGCUGA